CAACGUUUGGUUGUGAAAGAAUACUAAUGUUUUAGUUUUCUUUGUAUUAUUUUGAAAAAUGUAAAGCGUUUUAUUAAAUCCAUUUGUGUAAUGUUGUAGUGUUAUGUGUUUUAUUAAAAAUGAAGGUUAUAGAAGCAAAAAUCGUAGUAUUGGGAUCCCAAGGAGUGGGUAAAACGAGCCUCGUGGUGCGGUACAUAGGCAAGAUGUUCUCCAAACACAUAUCCCCUACCAUCGGCGCGUCCUUCUUCACAUGCAACAUCAGCGUCGGAGAUACGAGGGUCAAGCUUCAGGUGUGGGACACAGCUGGGCAGGAGCGCUUCCGGUCGAUGGCGCCCAUGUAUUACCGGAACGCGAACGCCGCGCUACUUGUGUUCGACAUCACCAGUGUUGCCAGCUUCAACGCCAUCAAGGGAUGGGUCAAGGAAUUGCAGAGCAACGUGCCAGAAGAGAUGGUGAUGUCUGUGGUGGGCAACAAGUGCGAUUUGCACGAGUGUCGCGCGGUCCCGUACUCCGAGGCGACCGCGUACGCUGCCUCCAUAGGCGCCGCUUAUUGCGAGACGUCCGCUUUGCAUGACCAGAAUAUCGAGCAAGUGUUUCUGAACACCGCCACUUCACUCUUGACGCUGUCAGCCACCAAUUCCACCAUGAAGUCGUACGAUUCUGCUGAUGAUGAACGAAAUAACGGUUCACCAACUGAGCACUCAGAUGUUACGGCUAAAGUAGAACUACCCUCAUACAACACUAGCGACGGUGUCGCGUACGGCGAACUGCAACGAAACAUGUGUUGUUGACAGUACACAAUGCACUUCCACGCGAAAAUGCUACUAAUGGAUACGGGUGAUAAUUGCUGCAUACCUCUUAUUAUAUAGAGCAUAGCAUCCUUAUAUGUAUUUACAAUUUUACAGGAAAUCUGCUUCUCUAAUAUUAUAAAUCCGGAAAGAAUGGAUUUCGAAUUGUUAUUUAAUUUUAACAACAGGCAAACGGCUGAAGGGAAUUUGACAAAUAUUUUGAGAGAAGUAGGGUGGAUUUUCCGCUUCAAUUAGAGCGUUCGUCUGGGGAAGUAAGCUCCACCUUACAGAAGACCACAGUAAAAUAAAAGUGCCUUUUAGCGGUGUUGUAUUUCUGUCGGUAAGAAGGUUUCAGGAAAUCACCGGGGAUUGGGUCAUGGUAGGCACCGGUGCGAGUAAUAUUUUUUGUAUCGCAAGCAUCUACAGGCUAUAGUAGCCGCUUACCAUCAGGCGGGACAUAUGCCUGUUUGCUCCCAUUUUGACAUAAAAAAGGUAUUCGGAUACAUUAAAUCCUGGACGUACACAUAGGUCACAUUAAAAGUUUUGUAGGUAGAUUUGUAGUUAAGGGUUAUUGUUUGUUUAAUAAUGGAACAGACAGACGCAGUAAACGA